ACAUCACACGUUUCGCCUCCCUCCUCCGCUCGUCUUCUUCAUUCUCUCUCCUUCGCUUCGCUUCCAAAUCGCCCGCAAUUUCUCCCCCAAAAACCUCCCCUCCCCCCACCACCACCAUUAAUAAACCCCUCCUCCUCCUCCUCUUCUUCCUCCUCCGCCUCGCCAUCUCACCGCCACCGCCUCCUCACUCACUCACUUCCUGCCACGUCAUUCGCGCCAUCGAUCGCGUCGUCGCCUCAGCUGCCUAGAGGAAGAGGAGGAGUAGAGCUCGUCGUCUCCGCCGCCGCAGCUGGUGCUCGCUGUUGAUUUAUGUCGCCUGCUCUACCCCCGUUUCUCCAUGGUUCUGAGCUCCAGUCGCCGCCAACGGUUUCUUCCUGCUCCCUUCUCAUCCUCCUCCUUCAAAAUUGGUAUACGAGGGGCGCAAGAACACAGCAAAAUCCCUUCACGAUCUCCAGAUUUGGAUUUGGGGUGAAAUACUUUGGCUUUCUUCAUUUAGACUGGUGACAAUUGAAGAUAGCCCCCAAAUUGCCUUAAGAUUUGGUUUGGCUUGAGUGGAUCAAGUACAGAAUCCGAACUUUUGCAACCUGACAUUCUUCUAGUUCACAAAGUCGGCCAGAUUUGAGAUUUCUCUCGGACAUCUCUGUACACACAGGAGCUCUCUUUUGCUCCAGUUUUAAACAGAAGUUGGACAAAGGCUCUGUUUCUGGUUUUUUGAGUUUCUGCGAUAAGCUUAGAGAGCAGACAACAAACUUUUGUCCUGAUUCAUCUAAACUCUUACCUGCCUUCUCUGCAGACUGCAAUCAAGGCCAAUUGUAAUCCAAUAAUCUCUGAUCUUGUUCUGGUUGCACGUUGAGAUGAUGGUGCCCUCUUCACGGAAAGUCCGUGUUUUCUGCUCUGAUCCUGAUGCCACUGACUCCUCUGAUGAAGAUGACCAGAAUAAGAAGGAAAGGAGAUUUUCAAGGGAAAUACUAAUUCCAAUGGAAAACUCCAAGGCAUCCAAACCUGUUAAGACCCUUGUUCAAUGUGGCACAAAGACUGUAAAGGAUUCCGAGAAGGAACCGACGAGCAAAUACAGGGGUGUGCGCCGGCGGGCGUGGGGCAAAUGGGCUGCAGAAAUACGUGACCCUGUGCGAAAAUCAAGGAAAUGGAUUGGCACAUUUAACAGUGAGGAGGAGGCCGCUGCGGCAUAUCUUGCACAAUCAAACCAGUUCCAUGAAGAGUUGAUGGCCUUGAAAAUCCAAUCUUCUGUAUCAGAGCAGGAAGAUUUGUCAAGCUCUGUUACUAUAUCCUGCGUGUCCUCAUCUCAGUCAUGUGACCAGAAGAUUCAGGCAAAGCCACAAGAACACAAGAGAGUGUCAGUGGUGGUUAACCGUGAGACCGUUGAGCAGAAGUUUAAGGCACAGCCACAAGCUCAGAAGAUUAAGGCACAGCCAGAAGUGCAGAAGAGAGUGUCAGUGAAGAUUAGCCAUGAGACUGAGGAUGAGCACUUGCUGAACUUGCCGUCCACGCCUAAAGGCAAAGAGAUUUCGAUGGGCGCUGUUCUUGGCAGGAUAGAUGAGAUUCCUGUGAGCAACUGUGUGGGCCAUAUUGAUGAAUUUCCACCUGAUGAUUUCACUAGGCUUGCAGAUGCGUUCCCAGUUAGUGAUUUUAUCGGCAUGGCAGAUGUGCCACUGGGCGAUGAUUACAUUGGCCUUGCAGACAUCAGCCACCUGCCGCUGCCUAUCACAGAUCUGAAGUUCGACCUCAAUGCAGAACUCAACUGGGACGGGUUCGACUUUGCUUCAUUGGAACAAGAACUCAACUGUCUUUGAUGGCUUGAAUCCUGUUCUAUGUGAAAACCUCUUGUUGAUUGAAUUGAGUGCAGGAGGUAGAUUCAGGUAUCCAUCUUUCACAUUGCUGGCAGGCCGAGUGUAUGAUCUGGAGAUUUUCAUCUCCAAUUUUGCCGGAAAAUUGUACAGUCCCCCUACAGCAAACAAAUGAGUACCGCAGUAUUUAUGUAUAUGUUCACCAAUCUCAAAAAUGUUAAUGAGAUUGUGGUGACAGACCGUCCUUGAUCUCAGUUUGGUUGUGUAUUUGUUGGACGCCAUUAUUAUAUUUGUUAAUUUUGAUAUUGUUCUUGUGAUUCUGAAGUUAUGUACAAAUGUAAAUAUAGGCCUGAUAAAAUCCAGUUAUUGUAAAUAACCUUACUAAUUUUAGGCAAUGAACAGCUAAGAAUAGUUCAUUGUUGAACAAAAAUGAUUAAUUUUUGUUGUUAAA